GGAUAAUCUCUUUAGUUACCUCUAUAUCUUUUGAGUGUUUUUCCCCUAGCAUUUCAGGUUCAAAGUAUACAUGAUCCUUCACCUGUAGUUUCACAGAGGAUGCCAUUUUGCUUUGGAGCUAAAGUUCCUACCCUUCCUGCAUUGCGCAAGGAGUUUGGUGAUUUGCUAGUAAGCUGUGGCUUGGUUGGGGAAGCUGUCAAAAUAUAUGAGGACCUUGAGCUUUGGGAUAAUUUAAUAUAUUGUUACAAGCUUAUGGAGAAGAAGGCAGCAGCUGUGGAACUCAUCAAGGCAAGGUUAUCUGAUAGGCCAUCUGACCCAAGGCUAUGGUGCUCUUUAGGUGAUGUUACAAAUGAUGAUGCGUGCUAUGAGAAAGCCCAAGAAGUUUCUGGGAACAAGUCUGCUCGAGCACUGCGCUCUCUUGCUCGUAGUGCAUAUAAUAGGGGGGACUAUGAGAGGUCAAAAGCCCUAUGGGAGUCUGCAAUGAGAAUGAAUUCCAUGUAUCCCGAUGGAUGGUUUGCAUUAGGCGCCGCAGCAUUAAAGGCUAAGGAUGUGGAUAAAGCGCUUGACGGAUUUACACGUGCUGUUCAGCUUGAUCCUGAAAAUGGAGAGGCUUGGAAUAAUAUUGCAUGUUUGCACAUGGUCAAGAAGAGAAACAAGGAGUCUUUUAUUGCUUUUAAGGAAGCAUUGAAGUUCAAACGAGACAGCUGGCAGAUGUGGGAAAAUUUAAGCCAUGUUGCUGCAGAUAUUGGCUAUAUCAGUCAGGCAAUGGAAGCUGUUCAGAAGGUGUUGGACAUGACUAAUAAAAAAAGAAUUGAUAUUGAAUUACUAGAGAAGGUGAUGAAGGACCUUGAAAUGCGUGUUUCAACUGCCCAUUCUGUGCCUCCCGCAUCAUGCAAUGUUACUAACAAUAACAUUGCUGACGUCAUAUCUGAUGCAAACCAUGCCGACAAAAUCUUGACUUCAGAAGCAGGGUUUUCAUUUGAACCCGAAACGCAACACUUAAUUAAUGUUCUUGGCAAAAUCUUGCGACAGAUGGUACAAAGUGGCAGUAGUGCAGAGGUGUGGGGUUUGUAUGCUAGGUGGCACAAACUCAAAGGAGAUUUGACAAUGUGUUCGGAGGCCCUCCUGAAGCAAGUCAGAUCGUACCAGGGAUCAGACUUAUGGAAUGAUAAAGAUCGAUUUGCCAAGUUUGCAAAUGCUUCAGUGGAACUAUGUAGGGUGUAUAUGGAACUUGCUAGCCGGAAUGCUAGGAAAGACGAGUUGAAUGCAGCUGAUAGGCACUUGAAGAGAACUAUUAAUCAGGCGGCGAAUACAUUUUCAGAUAGUAAAGAAUAUCAAGACCUAGUGGCCUGCCUUGGUGAAGUGCAGAAGGCAUUGCAAACAUAGGGCUUCUCCACUUUGCAGAUCAUACCCCCUUUGCAUCCACAGUGGACAUAUUGAAUCUCCAGUUUCUUUUGAGUUUAUAAAAAGAUUACCUUUUUUAAUGUAUUUUUUGGGGGUUUCCUGCUAUUGUGAGCUAAUUAUUUUACUUGUAUUGUUUUGUAUGAAACAUAAUUAUUUCUCCUUGGUUUAUGAUCACUUUGGACACACAAGAAGAUUUGGCUUAGCCAGCACCAGGAAAUGUUGUAUACAGGCUGUGGCGGAGCCAGUAUAAUACAGCUGUAACAAUUUA